UCUCUCCACCAGCGGCAACUAUAUCUAGACACUUUCUUCCGCCCUAAUCGUUCUUUUUGCUCUGCUGCAACUUCUGUUUCUGUCUACACCCAGACUGCGUAUCAGUAGCCGUUCUUGCGCCGUUUCAGCCCGGCUUCCAUAAUGUCGUACGUUGACAACCUCUCAGGCCAAUUUGGCGAACUCGGAAUCGGAGCUGGCCGGCCCGGCUCUCAGACCUACCAGCCUCAUCCUCCCGACCAGCAUGGGGGAUAUGGCUACCAUGCUUCCAACGAUGAGAGACCCCCUUCUGGGCCUCCUCCUUCGCAGUAUCACGCCUCUCCCCAGUCUUCAUCUGACAGGCCGCCUCUUCCUGAGGGAUGGGUAACUUACUAUGACCAAGAUUCACAGCGAUGGUCUUACAAGCACCCAGACACAGGAACAGCCCAGUGGGAGUUGCCUCUUUUCGACCCCCCCUUCAACCCCCCCUCUCAUCAACCGCCUCUUCCAUCAGGGUGGGCCCCUUACUUUGACUACAGAUACCAGAAAUGGUUCUACGUCAACCGAGAAGUCGGAAUAGUUCAGUGGGAGGCCCCUGGAUAUGAUAGUUUUCAGCCUCAAUCAGAGCCAUUUCCGAGCCACGAUUCACGGGGCGGUGGCUCUUCGCCUUACCCCCCUGCAGCUGCUUAUGGACAAACAUCAGGAAGCUAUGCAGUUCCUCCAGGUCCCCCCCACUCGGCCUCUUAUGGCGGCUCUCCAGCGCCUCCAGCAGGUUAUGGCGCCCCUUCAGCAUCGGGGCAGUAUAGCGGUUAUGAUGGCGAGAAUCACGGCAGAGCGGAGAAGCAGAAAAGCUCUUCUGGGAAAUCCGUGUUUCUCGGUGCAGCUGGUGGUGUCGCCGCUGGUUUAGUGGGAGGCGCCUUACUACAUCACGCUUUGGAAGACGACAGCAGUGAUGAAGAAAGAGAGCGUCCGCCUUACAUCCCACCUCAACCUGUAAUUGUCGAAGAAGAAUAUCGCAACGAGUACAGUUACAAUGACGAUCUCCCUACGAGAGACUCAGAGGGACGCUAUGUGUCUGAGAGUGAUCGGGAGUCGGUAGAAGAGGCACGAGAGGAGUAUCAGGAGGCUCUUCAUGAUGUUGAAGAUUCCAGUAGCCCUAGUAGCAGCGACUAUGAAGAGCUAGAAGAAGCUAGGGAAGAGUACGAAGAAGAGUACGAGGAAACUUAUGAUGAAUAGAUGUGGACGAACAGAGGGAUGAGCUCGCAGUAUUUGCGAUUCCAAAUGUAAGUUUAUGCGAUAUUGUAUGUGCUAGAUGAACUUAGUUAUUCAACUAUUGUGUAAUCUACUUUUAUUAUACAUGAGAAUUGUGAUAGGGGGCCCUAACGGGCGGUUGUCCAACUGCUGAUGAAAUGCCUUGC